CCACCUUGUGUAACGCCCAUCGCCUCACGAGCCCCUCCCCGUUGGGAGUUCCUCCGAGAGAACCAAUCUUCCGGGUGGAGGGGGAAGCGGCGUAACUGGAGUGGAAAUUUUUUUCCAACACAACUUCGCAGCUGCAAUUGAUUGAAAGGAGCGCAAGGAAGCCAGGGUAUAAACUGAGAUGACAGGCUAAAAAUGCUACUCUUCUCCCUAACUUUUUAACCACUCGACUUACACGAGCCCAAUCGCCUUUUCCACCCCUUCGUCUUGGUACGGCCCUUGGAGUACGGAGCCUGCAGAGGGUCCCACGCUGGAAGACAGAGCGGAGGAGUCGGAAGAGACAUUAGAGGUCACCCAAAGCAGCCGUCCCCUGUGCAGCCUCUCUGACAAGUGGAAGAAAAUAUAUCAAACUUUACCCUAGCCUUCAAGGGCCCUGGUGAUCUGGCCACUGCAUCCUCCUCCACCCUCAUCUCCCACACCUCUCACACUGGACACCAGCGACAUUGGCCUUUCAAUGCACCAAACUGAACAUUCUUCACGAUCCGAAAGGAAAAGAAGAGACUCUUUCGGGAUGUUUGACGGUUAUGAUAGCUGCAGUGAGGACACGAGUAGCAGCUCCAGCUCUGAGGAGAGUGAAGAGGAAGUUGCUCCUUUACCUUCUAAUCUGCCAAUUAUCAAAAACAAUGGCCAAGUGUACACAUACCCAGAUGGUAAAUCUGGCAUGGCUACCUGCGAAAUGUGUGGGAUGGUUGGUGUGCGAGAUGCUUUUUACUCUAAAACAAAGCGUUUCUGCAGUGUUUCAUGUUCAAGAAGUUACUCAUCAAACUCCAAGAAGGCAAGCAUUUUGGCCAGACUUCAGGUAACGGGUAAGCCUCCAACAAAGAAAGCAAAAGUUCUUCAGAAACAACCUUUAGUUGCUAAACUAGCUGCAUAUGCUCAGUAUCAAGCUACCUUGCAAAAUCAAGCAAAGACUAAAUCAGUAGCAGUCUCCAUGGAAGGUUUCAGCUGGGGUAACUACAUCAAUAGCAAUAGCUUUAUAGCAGCUCCAGUUACCUGCUUUAAACAUGCACCUAUGGGGACCUGCUGGGGUGAUAUCUCAGAAAAUGUGAGAGUAGAAGUUCCCAAUACAGACUGCAGCCUACCUACCAAAGUCUUCUGGAUUGCUGGGAUUGUAAAAUUAGCAGGCUACAAUGCCCUUUUAAGAUAUGAAGGAUUCGAAAAUGACUCUGGUCUGGACUUCUGGUGCAAUAUAUGUGGUUCUGAUAUCCAUCCAGUUGGUUGGUGUGCAGCCAGUGGAAAACCUCUUGUCCCUCCUAGAACUAUUCAGCAUAAGUAUACAAACUGGAAAGCUUUUCUAGUGAAACGACUUACUGGUGCCAAAACACUUCCUCCCGAUUUCUCACAAAAGGUUUCAGAGAGCAUGCAGUAUCCUUUCAAACCUUGCAUGAGAGUAGAAGUGGUUGACAAGAGGCAUUUGUGUCGAACACGAGUGGCAGUGGUGGAAAGUGUAAUUGGAGGAAGAUUAAGACUAGUGUAUGAAGAGAGUGAAGAUAGAACAGAUGACUUCUGGUGCCAUAUGCACAGCCCAUUAAUCCAUCAUAUCGGUUGGUCUCGAAGCAUAGGCCAUCGAUUCAAAAGAUCUGAUAUUACAAAGAAACAGGAUGGACAUUUUGAUACACCACCACAUUUAUUUGCUAAGGUAAAAGAAGUAGACCAGAGUGGGGAAUGGUUCAAGGAAGGAAUGAAAUUGGAAGCUAUAGACCCAUUAAAUCUUUCCACAAUAUGUGUUGCGACGAUUAGAAAGGUGCUGGCUGAUGGAUUCCUGAUGAUUGGGAUCGAUGGCUCAGAAGCAGCAGAUGGAUCUGACUGGUUCUGUUAUCAUGCAACCUCCCCUUCUAUUUUCCCUGUUGGUUUCUGUGAAAUUAACAUGAUUGAACUUACUCCACCCAGAGGUUACACAAAACUUCCUUUUAAAUGGUUUGACUACCUCAGGGAAACUGGCUCCAUUGCAGCACCAGUAAAACUAUUUAAUAAGGAUGUUCCAAAUCACGGAUUUCGUGUAGGAAUGAAAUUAGAAGCAGUAGAUCUCAUGGAGCCACGAUUAAUAUGUGUAGCCACAGUAACUCGAAUUAUUCAUCGUCUCUUGAGGAUACAUUUUGAUGGAUGGGAAGAAGAAUAUGAUCAGUGGGUAGACUGUGAGUCCCCUGACCUCUAUCCUGUAGGGUGGUGUCAAUUAACUGGAUAUCAGCUACAGCCUCCAGCAUCACAGUCAUCAAGAGAAAGCCAAUCAGGUUCAUCAAAACAGAAGAAAAAGGCUAAGUCCCAGCAAUACAAAGGACAUAAGAAAAUGACUACAUUGCAGCUGAAGGAGGAGUUGAUAGAUGGAGAGGAUUAUAAUUUCCUCCAAGGAGCAUCUGAUCAGGAAAGCAAUGGCUCUGCCAACUUCUACAUCAAACAAGAGCCCUGAGGUUGCUCAGAAACUAAGGGUGGGAGGGAAAGAAUUUUACACAGGACUGAUUUAUAAUCAAUCCAGCUGUACAGCGGGGCUAUUCUACUGGGACAUUUUGCUAAACAUAGAAAAUUUCAGUUCCAGAUUUUUCAAGUGGGUAGGGAAACUAUUUUAGCUGUGGGGGGAAAUUUUUCAAUUUAUAAAGAUGGACAAUUUUUGUGUUGUAUUUGAAGCUUUUGAAAGAAUUUUGUAAUAUUUUCCAAGUUUGGAUUUAUGUGCAUUGUUAACGAGAACUGAAAUUCUAACUUUUUUGGUAAGAUUAAAGUUUAGGUAGCAGGAUUGAAGGAAAUGAUUUAAGAAGGAUAUAGUUGUAAAUGCAAAUGAACUGUCAUUACAAAUGAACCUUUUUGGUACCUGUUGGGAGAUUUUGGGAUUUUGGAAGUUAGGCCAGUCACAUCUCCAGCUUCCUCUGCUGCAGAAUAUGCAACUGAACAUCCCCCCCAUCCCCGCCCCAUGGAGAGCUCAUCACCACAUAGAUCACGGAAGGGUAAUUAAUUCUGCUUGUUGGCAUUUUAUUGCAGCCCAUUUUAAAUAUUUGUACAGAAAUGUUUUUCAUUCUGUGAAAAUUUCUUUGGAGUUCUAUAUGAAACUGGAAGAACUCUGGAUACUUUUAUAUGUUCUCUUAAUUAAAAAAUGAGUAAAAUUAUCCUAACACUAAAGUGUUAAACUGGAAUGGUUGACAAGAUAUACAGGAUCUCAGUCUACAUGUUGAGGGGUUGGGGAAAAUGCAAUAUUGUCCUAUGUUUAUUUUAUUUUCCUUACUAAAAAAUACCCCACGAAAGGGAUUCUCAUCAGUUCUCUGCCAUUUCUCUCCAUCUGUGAGAUAAUACUUGGUAUAACCACACCCCAAAACACAUGUUCUGUAUUACCAGGAGAAUCAAAUUAACAGUUGUUUAAAGCCAAAAUAAGUUUAGAUUUCAGAAUCAUUCCAGCUCUGCUUUUAACUAUCCUGGAUUUGUCAGAAAACUAAUUUGAAAGAGAAUUUAAUUUUCUUAAAAUUUAAAGACAAUUCAUACUAAUUAUAUGUAUUAUAUAUAAUUAGUAUGAAUUGUCUUUAACUCUAUUCAGAAUUAAUUUUAACAAUAAUAACGGAUUUGGACCAUUUUGAACAUUCCCUAUUUUAAAAUUCACAUGGCUUCCUUUGAAAAAAGGAUAUAAGGGUAAAUUGGUGAAAGGUUUGCUCUCUGCAUUUUUUGACUUUCUGAGUUGUGACUGAAUGAGAGAGCUUUAGCAUUUACCAGUGAGGUUCAUAAACUAAACUCUCAGGAAUUACUUGCAUCUGUUCUAGAAGUGCUUCUGGGUCUUAGCCUGGCCUCUUCAGAGUGGUAAUAUUGACCAUCUCCUCUGGAAUAUAGGUAGGGCUAAUUAGAAAUUAAUCAAAAUGAUUAACCUCUACAGUCCUUCAGCCUAUGGAAUGCUUUAAAAAAUGUUAAUGGAAAGCCCCAGGAGACCAUUUUAGGUAAGAUUUUUUUUGUUUGAAUUUUAAAAUGCAUAGAACAUUAAAAACCAGCAAUUUAUUUUCUAAAAUAUUGCUCUACUUUUGGGAAUAAUAGCAUUGGUAAUAUGCACAGGUUUACCUCAUUCUAUGCAAGAGGGGUUAAUAUCAUAAGGUUUUGUAGUUGCUACUGGAAGUAUAAUUUGUUACUUUAUAGUGUAAGAAUGUAUGGAAUCGCAUGUCAACAUUUCUUAACACUGACUCUUUAGGGGCAUAAAUGCAGAUCAUAUCAAUGCCAAGUUGAUUCUCAUGUGUCAGAUAUAUGUGAAUUCAGCUGUUAAAUUACUGGAUAUUUAUCUACAACAUUACUGAGAGGGACCUACUGUAAAUGUGACAUCCUCACACUUCCCAAAUCUUUAACUUUUAAGAAUCUUCCUAUAAACUUAAAGCCUGGAAGACUUCCAAAAAGCAAGGGUUA